AGUGGAAAAGUUUUUACUCCCAACGGUGAAAGUAACGCACAGGACUAUCUACAACAAUGAGAGUUUACAACUUGCUGCUGCUCACACUUGUGAUUACCCUCUCUGCUCUGGCUGCAAGCGGAGAGGCACAGAAGCCUGAUUGUGCGGAGCACAUUAAUGGCCUUUCCUUUGCGGAUCCCAUCAGCUGUUCCAGCUUCUAUGUUUGCCUGCGCGGCCGUGCGCUGCGAAGGGAAUGUGCUCAUGGCCUCUACUUCGAUCCCAGGACCCAAAUAUGCAACCUACCGAGCCUUGUGGAAUGCCACAAUGGAGAUCGCAGUAGUGCUAUAGUCUCUGGGCAUGAUCACGAAGGGCAUUUAGCGGCAUCAAGUGGUAAAGCUCCUUGCGAAACAACUCCAAAGCCCCCAUGUGAUAAGCCAACAAUACCCCCCUGUGAAAAAACAACCAUCUCACCGCCACAAGCAGAUACAACACCGUGCACGACCACAACUUCUUCUACAACUCCUUGCACAACCACAUCGUCAACAACGACAACAACAACCACCACCACAACAUCUACAACAACGACCACAACAACCACAACACCUUGUACAACGACAUCGACAACAACGACUACAACAACCUCUACGACAACAACAUCUACAACAACGACCACAACAACGACUACAACAACCACAACGACAACACCUUGCACAACGACAACGACGUCGACAACAACGACUACAACAACCUCUACGACAACAACAUCUACAACAACGACCACAACAACGACUACAACAACCACAACGACAACACCUUGCACAACGACAACGACGUCGACAACAACGACUACAACAACCUCUACGACAACAACAUCUACAACAACGACCACAACAACGACUACAACAACCACAACGACAACACCUUGCACAACGACAACGACGUCGACAACAACAACAACUUCAACAACGAGCACAACAACCACAACAACACCUUGCACAACGACGUCGACAACAACGACUACAACAACCUCUACGACAACAACAUCUACAACAACGACCACAACAACGACUACAACAACCACAACGACAACACCUUGCACAACGACAACGACGUCGACAACAACAACAACUUCAACAACGAGCACAACAACCACAACAACACCUUGCACAACGACGUCGACAACAACGACGACAACAACCACAACAACAACAACAACUACAACAACGACCACAACAACCACAACAACAACAACAACUACAACAACGACCACAACAACAACAACAACUACAACAACGACCACAACAACCACAACAACAACACCUUGCACAACGACAACAACGACGACGACAACAACAACCACAACAACGACUACAACAACCACAACGUCGACAACAACAACAACGACCACAACAACGACGACCACAACAACGACGACCACGACAACAACGACAACUCCUUGCACAACAACAACGACAACGACGACAACGACAACAACAACGACCACAACAACGACGACAACAACGACUACAACAACCACAACGACAACCACAACAACGACCACAACAACGACUACAACAACAACACCUUGCACAACGACAACGACGUCGACAACAACGACUACAACAACCACAACAACAACACCUUGCACAACGACAACGACGUCGACAACAACAACAACUUCAACAACGAGCACAACAACCACAACAACACCUUGCACAACGACGUCGACAACAACGACGACAACAACCACAACAACAACAACAACUACAACAACGACCACAACAACCACAACAACAACAACAACUACAGCAACGACCACAACAACAACACCUUGCACAACGACAACAACGACGACCACAACAACGACUACAACAACCACAACGUCGACAACAACAACAACGACCACAACAACGACCACAACAACGACCACAACAACGACGACCACAACAACGACGACCACGACAACAACGACAACUCCUUGCACAACAACAACGACAACGACGACGACGACAACAACAACGACCACAACAACGACGACAACAACAACUACAACAACCACCCCAACAACAACACCUUGCACAACGACAACAACGACGACCACAACAACGACUACAACAACCACAACGUCGACAACAACAACAACGACCACAACAACGACGACCACAACAACGACGACCACGACAACAACGACAACUCCUUGCACAACAACAACGACAACGACGACGACGACAACAACAACGACCACAACAACGACGACAACAACGACCACAACAACAACUACAACAGCACCUUGCACAACGACAACGACGUCGACAACAACAACAACUACAACAACGACUACAACAACAACACCUUGCACAACGACAACGACGUCGACAACAACAACAACCACCACAACGACCACAACAACCACAACGACUACAACAACCACAACAACAACACCUUGCACAACGACUACAACAACCACAACGACAACCACAACAACGACCACAACAACGACUACAACAACCACUACAACAACACCUUGCACAACGACAACGACAUCAACAACAAAAACAACAACGACAACAACAACAACAACGACUCCUUGUACAACGACAACGACUACAACCACAAAGCAUAUACCGACAACACCUUGCAUAACAACAACAACAGCCUGUAAGACAACUACUAAGGAGCCGUGCCCGUCCACAAGGCCCCCUUGCACCACGACUGUUGCUCCAUGCACUACAACAACACCACCCUGUACGACAACAACCACACCGUGCACGACAAAAAAACCUACCAAUAGGCCUGAAGAGGUUGUUAAAGCUAUCGUAAGCAACUCAGCUGAAGCCCUGUCUUCCGUCCGCGACUGCCAGGGUCUCGAGGACGGUACAUUCUUCACAAACACCAGACAUUGCCGCCGCUUCUACGUUUGCCGCAACAACCGCGCCAGGCAUCAGCUCUGCCCGGCCGGCCAAUGGUUCGAUCGUGAGCUGAAGGUCUGUCGCAACCGCCGUGAGGUAACCAACUGUGCAGCCAGCCGCAACUAAGUGAUGCUCCGAAUUCGAAUACUUGGACACAGUACUGCAAUUGUACCCGGACUUAUCGCAUCUGACCUAACGACAAAUUUUCUCUCUACUACAUAUAUACUACACUUAAAAAAAAAAUAACUCUUACUUCUUUCUAUUCUAUCAAUCAAAUGUAAUAAAGCAGCAUUUACAAAAACGUAAAAA